AUGGCGAAUAUGACUCUGGAGUUUAGGCAUGGAGAGGAUAUAGGCCGGAUUCCAACGACUUGGUUUACCUCUGGGGACCCCAUAGACUCGUUUAUCUGGGGUCAUGUGAUUUUGAUGGUUACUGCUUUCGCAGUCAUAUUUCCAAUUGGUAUGGUCUUGGGCCUGGGGAAAUCGCGAUGGCACGUUCCAUUCCAGGUCUUUGGCUUGAUACUGACUGUCGUUGGCUGGAUACUUCCAUCGUUCCAUGGAGGUAGGCAGUAUCUAAAGCCUAAUAUCCAUGCAUCAUUCGCAAAGUGGCUUCUAUGCGCUGUCAUCGCUCAAGCGGGAAGUGGGAUAUAUUUGGGCUUCCGUCUGGAAGGUGGACAACAUCGGACAAUCAGAAAAAUAUUGCAAAGGUGGCAUGGUGUCGCAGGAAAGUUGAUGCCGGUCGCCAGCUGGACACAAAUGAUGUUCGGAGGAGAGACGUCACAGGGUUUCUGCCACGGAGACUGGCUCCCGAUGUGUGCCGGCCAUGUCUCUAUGGGAUCUAUCAUGGUCGGUACAGGAAUUAUACUCGUUAUAAUCACCAUCGAUGGUGAGAGGUGGAUACGGAAAACUGGGAGAUCGUUGGAUUUCUACGCUUGCGGCACGAUCGCAGCAUCAGGGUGCGGUAACGCAUUAUUCGAACAUAUUCCAGGCUCCGAGUGGAACCACCGGGAGUAUAGUCACGUCGCCUUCGGGGUUUUCUGGUGGAUAGCAGGCAUAGUCGGUCUUUGGCAGACCCGCAAACCUGACCAACGGACACCUAUCCCCGGAGUGGUAUUCUUGGUCACAGGAUGGUACUUCAGCAUGCACGAGCAGCCUAAUCCGAUGGCGAAGCAUGUGCAUGAGAUCCUCGGAUGCGUGAUGAUGAGUGCUGGAGCUAUACACUUUAUGGAGAUCGCCUAUUUCAUCAGAAAUGUUGAUCGAAGCAACGCCACAGUUGACUCCAGCCCUCACAAAAGUCCGAAUCCGUCCGAGUUUGUCUUUUCGUUCUUGAUCAUAGUCAUGGGCGUCAUUAACAUAUACGCUCCUCCCCAAACCCUGUGGCUUUUCAACUACUGGGGUCUUGAUCACAUUUCCCUCAUGCUGAUAUGGUUCUCGAUUGCGAUGGGCAUCAUGUGCUUUACGCUUACGCUCGUCCAGCUCUAUAGGAGCCUCAAAAACUCGGAAUUGCAAUUGAUACGGGGUCACGGUGACCUUGGGAUCAUGGAAGAUACGGAGCUCUGUGGCCUUUUGGGUACAGAUACGGAAGGAGGUGAUGAAGAGGAGGUCAAAACAACAACAGAUCCCUCAGUCCGUACACUAUAA